GCCCUCCGCCUUCAGUCCCUCAAGCCACGCAUACAUUGGCAGAGCUGCUGUCUGCAGUCGGUGGGACAGUCCACAGCCGCCUGGGAUUUUCUAAACUAUUUCGUUAAAGUGCUGCAUAACUGUCCCGAGACAACAAGACGAGAAGAAAGCGACGUUUGCUUUUUUGUGUUUUCUUACCGUGUAGUCAGAGGAAAGAGAAAUGAUGGAGACCAAACUCUGGAUUGCCCUUUGUGCGCUGCCGCUCCUGCUGCUGCUCAUUAACUCGGGCUCCGCUGACCAUGCCAAUGACCAUACUACUGCUCCAGUAAGCACCCCUGGUGCUGCAGCAGCUGCUAAGGCCCCAGCUACAGACUCUAUACCUGCUUCUGGCCUGGAACCCACCAUUCAUCCUGCACUAAAUGGCUCUGAUAAAAACCCCAUUUCCAGUGGCAACAGCAGUGUGAGCGGCAACACAACUAGAGAUGGGGAAACCACCUCUGUCACACCUGAACCAAAGGCAGAUAAUGAUACCAACUCCAUCUCUCCCCCAGUGACUCCUGUUCCUGAAAACAAUGGGACUCUAACCAAGGACUCAACAUCACAGCCUCAAAUUCUUCCCUCUGAGAGCAACACCACAACCACCAUCAGUACUGCAAGCCCCACAAACACAACUCACAGUGUAGACACAGCGGCCACCAACACAUCAAACCUUCCUGCAUCGCUGACUCCUGGCUCCACCUCACCCCCAGGGCAGCCCACCCAAGCCCAAUAUCACUCAUCCACUUCUGCCCCGACACCUGAGACUGAAACUUCCACCACCACCACCAGCACCCAGUCCAGUUCAACGUCCAGCACCCACUCCUCUCAAGAGCCCCCCAGGUCACAGAAGUCCACCGUCGCCCCGUCGAGCAGCACCUCCACCCAGACCAAGGCCCACGCUGAAACCCCCUCCCAGCUCAACGUUGGGGGUGACACGAAGGUGGUCCACGAAUCUCCCACAUUAGACCCUCUCCUGGCUGGCCUGGUGUCAGCCUUCAUCAUCACUGCUGUCAUCAUCACUCUGCUCCUCUUUCUCAAACUGCGCCGAAGAGACAACCGACCAGAGUUCCGCAGGCUGCAGGAUUUACCUAUGGAUGAUAUGAUGGAGGACACACCCUUGUCCAUGUACAGCUACUGAUGGAGGCAUGACUGAAUUUUUUGGCACCUUAAUACUCUCCUUCAAUCCAGGCUUAUGCUGCAGCAUUGGCCUUAAUCUGCACCAAACAGAAAAAAUCCUGGGUAGGUGUGAGCAAAUGUCUCGCCUGCUUUCAUUUAUCCAGAUCAUUGACAUGUAGGAAAGGACAUGAUUGAAGCUGCAAUGGACAAUGAAGACAUCUCCUGUGAUGGAGUCCCUUUGGAAAAAGUCUAUUUUGAUGCCUGUAAUUACAAAUUAGGCCAACGCCUCUGUUCAAUACUGUAUGCUUAAUACUUUCCAGCCCAUCUUUUGAGGUUGUAUAAUAUAUUUUUAAUUUCCCUAGAGAUGAAAAGUGUAGGUGUGAAGCACAAGGCAGCAACAUUAGUUGCAUCCAUCAGUGUGAUGGUUUACACCUAGACACAGAUUCAGCCUGUCAUGCCAGACACUUACCAGGAGGCACUGGUAUAAUUUCCAUUUAUCACUUAAUGUUGUAAAGUCUGGCAGACAAAAGGUCAAGCAGUCUGACUGAGAGGCUGGAGAAGAGAAAUGAACAAGAAAAAAUCAAACAUCCUGAUUAUAGAGUUAAGGAGGUUGCACUUUACUUUUUCAGGAGUGGGAAAAAAAAGUGGACAAAUAUUUUUGUGAAUGAGAACAAAAAACAUUUUGUGUGCAUACGUGCAGUGUGUGUGUUUUUAGGUGUGUGUGUGUAUGUGUGUAUGAAUGUUAAGGGUGCAUGUAUGCUUUUUUGGAGGUAUGGGGGGAUAUUUAAGAGUUGUUGUUUUUUUCCUGUGGUAAAGGUCCUGCUGCCUUUACGCCUGAGCUUGGUCUGUGCAGUGUUGUUUUUGUUUCUUUCUUGGAGUCUUCAGUCCAGGAGAGAGUGCCUUACACAGUAUAGGAACACCUUUUAUUGUAUACUGUAUUUAUAUUGCAACUAACUUCCAGAUUCACCAGUCAUUCCCAGUAUUUUGUGUUUCCCAUUUAAAUGCAGACUCAGGGCGAGGUAGCUGCUCUGACAUGCCUGUGUUUGAAAACUAGCCUUGAGCGUGUUCAACAUGAGGCAUGCCUCAUUCAUACAAUGACAGUUGCAAACUAAAAUUGGCCAGUGGCCUUUCCACACAAUGUUAGCAUUGUCCUGUGCACUGUAAAUACUACUGAUGACUGCAUCAUGCAAAGACAACUGUCAUGAAACUCCUCCUCUUAGUUGCUCCUUUUCACACAAACGUAUUAAAAAUAUUACACGGACUGACCUGACAGCACCUUGUUCCCUGGCAGUCAAGUUCAGAAAUAUUCAAUUGACUUUACUGUGUAUGAGCCUUGCUGUAUUUUCGCUUUGCUAACAUGCAGGAAGAUGUGAAUGGAAGUGAGACAUGUAUAGGACGACAGAAUGACCCUGCAUCCAUACAAAACUUACAUAGCUCCUAUUCAUUUAAGACAGAGCCUAGAAACUGAUAUACCAAGAUGUCUAGUGAUUUUAAUCAAGCUUAUGAAAUGGAGCUCAUUUUUGUGCCAUGUUAAAAUACACCUGGGUGACAAAUUGAAAUGUAAAAAGUGCCUUAUUAAGGUGCUAAACCCUCAGAACAGCUUCAGUGCUGCUUGGCACAGAUCUGCCCAUUUACAUUCCCUCAUUUGGUGUUUUGAUGAUGGAGGAGGGGAGUGCAAUCUAACACGCUGGUCGAAAAUCUCCCAAAGGUGUUGAGGUGGGUUGAGUAGAGAGUGUGAAGGCCAUAGAAUAUGAUUCACAUCAUUUUCAUACUAACCAGUCAGUGAAUUCUUGCUUUUCUUUCACCCAUCUGUACAUUCAGUGUUAAAUGAGACACUUUAGAUUCCUGAUUCAGGGGUAAACUUUAAGCAAAGUCCUGUAUUUGUCCACUUCAAGUGUCAAAAGUAUCCUGAAUGCAUAAUGAGGCUUUGCUGCCAGAUGUGGAUUAUGGACUGUUGAUGUUGUUUGAUUAAAGGUAUUUUGAAACCAUA